AUGUUCGGCUUUCGUCCACAGUUGUCGACCCAGGACGUCAUGCUCCAGCUCUCCGAGGACGUCCUACACCCCUCCCACCACAAACGCACUCGAGCUAUCCUGGCGCUGGACCUCACCAAAGCAUUCGACAAUGUACACCACACCGCCAUUCUGGAUGCUCUCUCUUCCCUUGACGUCGGACCCCGUGUACAUGCUUACAUCACCGCUUUCCUCGCCCACCGCACAGCCGAAAUCUCAUACGGCCCACUUUCUUCUUCUUUCUCCCUUGGCAACAAGGGUACUCCCCAAGGCUCUGUCCUGUCACCUAUUCUUUUCAACAUUACCCUCUUCCCACUCGCACGUGCCCUAAGCACUAUUCCAGCUCUGUCACAUGCUUUCUAUGCCGAUGACAUCACCCUUUGGGUGACCACCGGCAAUAUUGGCGACAUAGAGGCCACCCUCCAGGCGGGUGUGGACGCGGUGACGACUCACGCCCGAGCUAUCGGGUUGAGCUGCUCCCCGACCAAAUCGGGGCUUUUGGUCCUUCUGCCUCGGGGGAUGGCCCCCCUGUCGCCUUUUCCACUCACCGUCUCCGUUGACGGCACACCCCUUCCUCUCGUCUCUACCCUACGGAUCCUCGGCCUCUUUCUUCAGUCCAAUGGCAAGCACACUACCCUCAUCACUCAACUCAGCAACACGGUACACCAGACCAUGCGCCUCAUACGCCGCAUUGCCAACCGUCACCACGGCAUGCGCGAGCACGACCUCCGCCGCUUGGUCCAGGCCUUUGUUCUCAGCCGCUUCGUCUAUUCUCUUCCAUAUCUCUUUCUUUCUCGCACCGAGGAAGACAAAGUUAACAGCCUUAUUCGCCAGGCGUAUAAGUCGGCCCUGUCCCUUCCCACAUCUACCUCAACGGCUCGGCUACUGUCGAUGGGCGUCCACAACUCCCUCACGGAGCUGACGGAGGCCCAUCGCACGGCCCAGCUCCUUCGUCUCUCCCGCAGCCGGCCUGGUCGCGCACUUCUUUCCACCCUUAAACUCUCCCCUCUUAUGCCUCUUCCCACGUCCCUGCCCAUCCCUUCCCACAUCUCCUCCCUCCUAACCGUUGAUCCCCUCCCUAAGAAUAUGCAUCCUGAGCACCACCCUUCCCGUAGAGCCGCGCGAGCCUCCGCGCUCUGGCGUAGGUUCGGACGGCAACCUGCCGUGGCUUAUGUGGAUGCCGCCCCGUACCGCCACUACACAGCCCACGCUCUUGCAGUCACCGACAACUCCCUCCGACCCACUAUUACGGCCUCCGUCUGCACUUCCACCUCUGUCGAGGCCGAAGAGGCAGCUAUCGCCCUUGCCAUCACACAAACUUCCGCGGAAUACAUUUUCUGUGACUCUAAGCCUGCGGUAUACAACUACGCAGUUGGACGGGUGGCACCCCCGGCCGCCGGUAUCUUGCGUUCUGGCACCACUCCCUCUCGCCCCAUUUAUAUCAUCUGGGUACCUGCUCACGCGGGUCAUCCUGGCAACGAGGCGGCCAAUUCCAUCGCUCGCGAUUCGACUGACCGAGCAAGCCCGCCCCCGCCGGGAAUGAACACGCGCGACGCGCUCCUCACGUACCACGACAUCACGCUGCACUACCGCCUCUCUCGCCUCACUUUGCCCCCACCGCACAAAUCCCUUUCCCAGCAUCACCAACACUUGUGGCGCCAACUGCAGGCCCACACCUUCCUUACUCCCGAACGUCUUGCCCUCUUCCACCCCGGGACGUACUCGCCGGCCUGCCGCUUAUGUGGCAGCUCCAACGCCCAAUUAUGA